AUGUAUCGGUUCAGUAAGAGUGGACGGCUUUUCGUCCAAGGGACCAGGGAACAAGACGAUCGGGAUAAUGUCGCUGGCUCUAGUCCUACCGGAGGAUCAGAGUUGCAGGCGGUUCAUACCAAACGUCAUAUGUCCACGGAGAUUUUAGGUAUCUUGAGUCCCUCAAGGACAGUAGCAUUUUAUAGCCCCUUAAAUCGAUCUCAAGUACAUACCCGGUUAUCAAUCCAAUAUCGAACAGCAUUUUACCGGCACAAGAAGUGA